AUGAUAAUGAUACGUGCGCUGAUCGAGCGGAUCGUCUUCGUGCUGAUUCUGAUCGGGUCCUGCUACUUCUUCCUCGAUUUCAUGUCCAUAUAUGAUCGCUCCAUUCGCUAUUCAAGUCUUCUGGCUCUACUCCUGAUAUACGUCGUGUCGUACUGGCUAGCCAUUCUGCCGGAGAUAACCAACUCGAUAAAGUAUACCCUAUUUUACAAAACGAGGAAGAAGAAAAUUUACUCGUACUCUUUGAAGAAGGAAGAUUCACUGCGAAGGAAAAGCAAUGACAAGGAUUUAAAGAUCGAUCAUUUGGUAGACACCAGUUUUUUGUAUAUGAAGCAGGACCAUUUCGAGAAGGUCAACUUUGGCCGUGGGUACUCGGGGGGGGGAAAGCGAUCCUGCGGCGGGGGAACCGACACGUUUUACACGGGGGAGAGUCAAUCCAGCGAAGAGGACUCCUCCUCAGGGGGAAGCACCCACGUGAGGGGAAGUGGCCCCUUGGAGGGGAGCGCCCCAAACGUGAAUGGUCAGACGAACCCCUCGAUGAAACUCCAGCGGCAAAGAAGACCGGGGAAAAAAUCACGCAGGUACAGCAAAAGCGAAAUGAACGACUACGUAUUGAAGGAGGCGGGGGAGAACAAAAAGUACAUCAUAGACAGCUGCGAGGAGUUUGAAAAGAUCUGCUUGGGCGAUCGAAGGAAAACGCUUAAAAUGCAAGAUCGGAUUAUCAAGUACAUCGAGCUGAACCAGUCGGAGGGGGAGGAAGGGGCCAACCUGUAUCGGGACAACGUGAAUGGGAACAACGUGAAUGGGAACAAUCUGGCUGGGGAGCCAUACCAAUUCGUGCCUCAUCCUGGAGGGCCCCACUUGAGUGGAAAAAGGCACACAACGCAGGACGACUUGAAGAAGAAGGAAAGAAAGCACAUGGGAUCGUUUCUCUACGACACCAAGUACCUAAACAUCCCAAAUGAAGACUGCACAGAGGAAAGCAUUCGAUUCGAUAGAAAUAAGAAAAAGUACAUAUGCUUCAUGCUGAACAAGCUGUUUCACAGAAGGAGAAGCAUUAACAAGUGGAAGACGAGUUACUUCCCAGGAAUGGAGUCAAAUACGAACAAGUAUACGCUGCACAGCUUCUACGAUCGAAAUAAACACGUACAAAAGGAUACGGAUUUUUCCAGGUGGCAUAAUUUACUCCUCAAAUGUAUAAUCAACGUAAAAGUGGUGUUCGUAAAAUUCUGCAAAAACACGUCAUUCGUUAUCUCCGAUUUGUUGAUAACGCUCAUGCUGAACAUAGCUUGGCUUUAUGUGUAUCACUACCUACGAAGGAACGAUAUGGAGAAGGACGUGGGCAUGUUUAACUGGAACAUGCAAUACAUCCCUGCCUACUUCACGAAGAUCGAAGCGUACAUCCAGUACUUUAUCCUGUACGAUAUAUGCAUAAAAUUCUUCCUCUUCUUCUGUGCGAAGCAUAUUUUAAGUUUCUGGUUCCUUCUAAACUUAAUGAAUAGCCCAUUUUUCUACCUCCUAGUUUCGUACGUAACGAAUUGUCCCUUCAGGAAGCAUGGAUGGCUGUACCUGUCGUGUCCAUUUCGCUUCCUGAAUUUUUUACGAAUAGAGAAUCUGUUUGGCCAAAGUAACAACUACAGCAAGAUAAACUUCCCAGUGAUCACGCUGUCCGUUCAAAUUUUAGUCGUCAUAUAUACCUCUUCUUGUAUCCACCUCUUAAUUGAGCAGCCCUGUAGAGGGGAUUAUCAAAUAUAUGAUUACGUCUUUUCCGGGAUGCAAACCGUAUCCACCGCAGCCAUGGGAAAAGGGACAUGCUUCCCUUACACUUUGCAGGGAAAAGUUAGCCAUAUAUUCUACAUAUUCAUGAUUUUCACCUAUAUACACUACAAGAUAAGGUAUCUGAAGGACCAUAUGGUGGAGGAUAAAAAGAUAUACGGGAAGAUUCCAAACAUUGGCGCCCGGUACUUUGUCAUCAUAGGACACGUGAAGCCGAUUGCUCUCUAUGUGAUCAUUAAUGAGUUACAAGCUACGUAUAACAAUUUAGACGAAAUUAUUUUUCUAACAAGUCUUCCAGUUAAAUUUUACUUAAAUAUCAUUCGCCUUCUGAACAGAAAGGGGUCCUGUCAAAUCAGCCUUUGUCUCUAUGAUUUGAACAAACCGUUUCCUCUCAAAAUUAAGAAAAUUAUUUCCUUCAGCAGUGGGAUCUUCAUAUGUAACAAUGUCAUGAAUACACACCACAAUAUAAAUAACGACAUGGAGACUCUAAAAAGGUACAACGAAAUUAAUUCCCUUGGACCUUUUAAUAAAUGCAUUUCCGUCUUCCUGAACAAUAUGUGUAAUAAUAGCAUUCUGCUCAAGCGGACCAAUCGGAAUAUUAUUUGCCUCAACGAACUGAAAAUGAAGCUUUUUGCCAAAACUUUGGAUGACUGCCCCGGUAUGUUUCUCCUCACUAUUCUCUUCUUCAUAAACACACCGCAAAAGUUGAAAUCUAAGCACACGUACAUUUUGAGCAAAUAUUUUGACAACUUGGAGGAGGAUGUCAACCCGGAGAGUCCUCUCUUUGGCUCCUCCACUGAGGGGGGAGCCAGCGAUCGGGAGGAGAACCACCUGGGGAGGACGUCGACCCAGCCGAGUGCAUCCAAAAGGUGGGAAAGUUACAGGGGAGGCGGUCCAUACGAUCCACAUACCCACGACAGACCCUACCCACGGAGUCGCUUCCUUUCUAGAUGGCUACACCUGUUCAGCGGAAAAAAGAGCCAGCGCUCCCCCGAGAGGGAUCACCCCAAUGGUAAGCAAUCCCGCGAAAGCAAUUUCUACAAAAUUGACCUCCGCACGGGGGAUGCAACGGAGAAGAGUCCACAACGCACGAAGAGAAGCAGUAGGCCAUCCGCUUCGAUCCUCAAAAGGGUAAAGAGCAUCACCCAAGGAGGGACAAAAAAUAAAAUGCCAUUCCGAAGCUUCCUAUCACACGAGUUCGAUGAAAAUCUGUGUUACAAUUCGUACAAUAAUUACCUGCACUAUAUGAAGGGAAUAAAAUACAACAUAUACAGAAUAAAGCUGCCGGAAAGCUUUCUCAAUUUCCAUUUUAUCACCAUCGUCCAGUAUAUGUUUAUGAAUUACAAUGCCUUCCUCAUAGGCAUCAUAAAUCAGUACAGCGAGGUGGUGCUAAACCCUGUUAAUUUUGUUUACACCUGUCUUGACGUGCAGUUUAUUCUGCUCACAGAUAAGUACAACAUUCUACAGAAAAUACAGCACUUGAGGAAGGUGGAACUGGAUUGGCUGAGCUGUAUAGACUACGUGAACAUUAAAAAGAGUGAUGCCUCAAAGGGGGGGAAGAACAAGAGCCAGUCGGCACCCAGUGGUGGUCACCACUACUACAAUGAGAUGAACAAGCUGAAAGGCCAACCCGGGGUUUACUUCAAUCCCGUGUUGGGUAUCCUUCGUGUGGACAAUUAUUUGCAGGCUCUGCAGUUCUUCCGCAUCAGGCGGGAGGGCAAAGAAGCCAGCCGGCCGCUCGACAAACCGGGCAAAGAAGCCAACCCCCCGCGGGAUGACUUCAUCAUCCUGAUAUACUGGCCCCAAUCCAUCAACACCUUCCUGAAGGUGCUGCACAAGCGGAGGAGACACAACAUCGUCAUCCUGGGCGACCAAGUUCCGUCUUACAUCCACAACAACAAAUUGGCCAAGUACAGCAUCUGCUACAUACAGAAGUCGCCGCUAUCCAUGUACAAUUUAAUCCUCGCAGGAAUCCUGCGCUGCAAAAAAUGCGUCAUUUUUAAAAGUUAUUUAAAGUUGAAUUCCCAUCACAAUAUCAUAUCAUAUAAUGAGAAGGCCAAAAAUAUCAACUACGUUGAGUACAUGUGUGAACAUAACGACAGUGACCUCCUCAUCAUCUUUAACAACAUACAAAAUAUUUUCCGGAGGAGGGACGUGAACGAUGCCUUGGUGGAUUACUACAUAGGUGAAGAAAAUAAGAAAUCAAAAUUGUAUGAUCACUAUUUACUUAAAAAAAAGGCGACAGAGAAAAGGGACAUUCCAAGUGGGCAUGCCGAAGAGCGAAACAGUCAUUCUGUCGAUGUCCAAGUAAGGGAAAAAAUGGACGAAGCAUGUAACAACCUCGUAAAUGAUAAAAAUAAAAAAAAGAGGAGAAAUGUUUACCUACUGAUAGAGCUAAAUAACACACUUUCUGUUCAGUACUUAAACAAUGAUGUGUAUAAAAAUAUCGACAUUUUAAAAAAAAACAAAAACAAAAUCGUUAACAUGAACAAGGCGCACAAUUUGCUCUUCAUCGAAAAUUACAAAAAACAAAUACAAUUUUUUAAAUAUGGGAAUCUCCUUGUGGAAAAUAUAUACAAAAAAAUCGAGCACAUUUUUGUGGACAAUUAUUAUUUUUAUUUGUACUUUUUACAAUUCACCUCUGCCAGUGUCUUCAUCGAUGAACUCAUUUAUCACUUCAUUGGGUAUACCUUCCCCAUCAAGAAUAAUUCGCUCAGUAUCGACACCAUUGAAGCCUUCAUAAACGGUACGUACGCGGACAGCUCCAAGAGGAUAAAGUCGGAUUUGCUCCUCAGGAGGAUAAACCCCAAGUACCACUCGAGGAACUUCUUCUUUCUCUUCCAGAAGUACCUCAAGAAAGGCUCCAUCGUCAUCGGCAUUUACCGCUGCAACCAGGAAAACAACAUGAGCAUCGUCAUCCCCUGCCCGCAGCGCAACUUCAUCAUGCACAAAUCGGACAAGGUACCGAGAGAAGGCCAGCUGCGAAGCGGUCACGGAGGAUCGAUCACCACUGAGCGCCGCGUCCUCGAAAUGUGCCACUACUCUGCGUCGCUUCCGCUAUUGCAAAUGUGCGGCUUUCCCCGAUCGCUUCCCUCAUUUCAAAUGUGCCGCUUUUCUUGA